GGUUAGGAAACAAAGCCCAAGAAGGUCAGAAUGGAGGAAGAUGACGACAUGAUUGUGGUUAUAGUUGGAAAUGAAGAUGAGGGAACAAAGUUUCAACCUACGAGGGUUAGACAAGAAGUUUUGGAAGAAACUCCUAUUGAAGAACUGGAAGUUGAAGAACUCAUAGAAACAGUGGAGAAACAUGGAGAAGUAUUGCAGAAUUUUCAGACUGAAGCAGAACUUGAAAUAAAGAAGGAAUUAGAAGAAUCUCAAGCUGAAUUUCUUGAUUAUGAAGAUGACGAUGACGAAUAUACUCCAAAUGCGAAUUCCGAUUACGUCGAAUCGGAAGAAGAAGAAGAGUACAUUAAAAUUUCAAAACGGAGUAAAACACGAAAAGGUAACAAAGAGGAGCGCCGGUACAAGAUGCUCAAGCCUUCAGAAUGUAAAUCUUUUGUAAAAGAUCUUCAACAGUCUUAUCCGGAAUUGGCCGAGGACUCAGAGACGCUGGUGGAAACCUUGGCUGAAAUCAUGAGGAAUGUGAAGGCUCCGUUGCCUCCAAGGGAUUACUUUAUUAUGAAUGGCGCUAUGUUUGAAUGUGUAAAGUGCGGAUUUAUCUCGGAGACGCAGCCCGCUGCAGGUCGGCACUGGCAAGAGAAACAUGGUCAGAGAUAUCUCGUCUGUUACGCUUGUGGAGUUGACUUUCGGAGUACAACAAACCUAUAUAAACACGAGAAGCGUUGCCGCGCGGUGGACGCGGUGGUAGUGUUAAAGGCGCGCGCGCGCAGCCUCGGCACGAAGGGUCGCGGUCGACCCUUUCUGCCUGAUCCGGUUGAGAUGAAAGCCAGGGCUAAAUUUGCCGCGAAGCACCAGUUCUCGUGCAACCUUUGCGCGGCGCGGUUCAGCUCGAAGACGGCGCUGGACUCGCACCACCACCUGCACACGGGGGCGCGACCCUACGCCUGCAUGCACUGCCGCGCCAAGUACACCUCCAAGUCUGCCCUCUCCCGCCACCUAUCGAAACAUCGCGACGUCCAAUUCAUCUGUGACCAUUGCCAGCGCUCGUUCAAGCUCAAGGCCGCGCUCGCCUCUCACAUGGACACGCAUAACCCGACCCGCAAAUGGGGGUGCGAGGUUUGCGGGCGGCGGUACGCGCAGAAGAUGGCUUUGCAGUUGCACGAGGACAGGGUGCAUCGAGGGCUGCCACCACCAUGCGCCUGCCAAAUUUGUCCCAAGAGAUAUCCACGCAUGUCCUUACUCAAGGUGCAUAUGCUGAAGGAACAUGGUAUGAAUUUGGUCACACGAAAGAUGUUCUUCAAGCUACUACCAACACUAACGAAAACAAAAUUAGAUCAAGCAAAAAUAGUAUUCAAGUCCGAUCAUCGGCAAACUGCAAUGGCAAUUACCCCAGAUCAAGUUACAUGGGAUAUCAAACAGGAACCUGCUUACGACGUUGACGCACCAUUUCUCAACACACAAGACACAUACGACAGCAUUCAGGAAUCGGCUCACGAUGUAGAAUUGUCCCACGACACGCAAAAUUACGAUUUCCAACAAGAUCAAUGUGUUGAAAUUCGAGUACAAAAUGAUACUGACUCAAACGAGGUAGACAUCGCAGAAGUUCUUCAAUAUAUACAACAACUUCAAGAACAAGGUGUAGAUAAUAAAAAUGUUAAAGUUAUUUACGUACAAAACGGACAAAUUAUUGGCAUAACAGAUGAAAAUAGCCAACAAGAAGGUGUCGGCAACGUAGACGAAAGUAAAGGACAAGAAAACGACUAUACAGGCGAAUAUAACGAACAAGAAAAAAAUAGCCAUAAAGGUAGUAAUAGUACAGAAUAUGAAAAUGUUAUUGUAGAACAAUUAAUAAGUGGAAAUGAUAAUGCAGUAGAUCGGUCGAACGUUUUAAGAGAACCAAUGCCUGUAGUUAAAAGUAUCAUGAAUGUGGAGGACUGUGAGGAAAGUGAUAAUCGUUCAAAUAUGAAGAACGCUUUGAGACAGGAUCUCAAAAGAACUAAACGUAAAUUAUAAUUUACAUAGUCUUAUUGUUUAAACGUGUAA